AUGGAAACCGCCGGUGAUGAUGACAGGAGUGUAACCCGUAAAAAGGCGAAGGGUACAACUGGAAUAGCUGUUUCCCAUUCCGACUCUAACAUAAACUCCUUUGUUACUAAUCUCUUGAAUUCCUUCAAUCUCCUGGAAGUUGACCCUUUCCGUCAAUCCGACAGUGACAAGGAGUUGGUUGACCGCGUGAUCAUGGUAUACAAUCUUCUCUGGAGAAAACUCACACAAAUUGAUGAGACAAAAUUAGCUCUUCCAGGGACAAAAAAACGUCCAGACUUAGGGGCAGGUGCUAUCUGUAUGAAUAAAGGGGUUCGUGCUAAUACCAAGAAAAGGGUUGAAUCUGUUCCAGGUGUUGAUAUUGGUGACAUUUUCUUUUUUCGAUUUGAAUUGUGCUUGGUAGGAUUACAUUUUCCAAGUAUUGCUGGAAUAGAUUUCAUGGGUGUUCCAUCCUCUGAAUAUGAAGAGCCUGUAGCUGUGAGUAUAGUCUCUGCAGGAGGAUAUGAAGAUGAAGGGGAUGAUGGUGAGGUGUUGAUAUACAGUGGGGCAGGUGGGGCCCAAAGGAAAGAUAAACCGCAAACUGAUCAACAACUAACAAGAGGUAACCUUGCUCUUGAAAAAAGCUUACACAGGGGUGAUAAGGAAUCUUGGAUUGAAAAAGGGAAAUCUGAUUGUGAUGUUUUUAAGUACAAAUUGUUUAGAAUUCCAGGACAACCAGAAGCAUUUACAUUAUGGAAAUCAAUUCAACAAUGGAAAAAGAGUCGUGGUCCUAUUACAAGAGUUGGUGUUAAUGUUAUUCUCCCUGACCUUUCUUCACGUGCUGAAACAUUACCCGUGUCUCUUGUAAACGAUGUUGAUGACGAAAAGGGGCCCGCUUCUUUUACAUAUACACGAACUCUCAAGAAUAAAAAUCCAUUUCCUUUGACUAAAUCUUCCUCAACUUGCACUUGCACAGAUGGAUGCCAGCCUGGCAGUAACUGCCCUUGUCUCCAAAAAAAUGGAGGGUAUAUGCCAUAUACACCUCUUGGUGUUCUUCUGACUCACAACACAGUGAUUCAUGAAUGUGGGAAUUCUUGUAGAUGCCCUAAUACCUGUAGGAAUCGGAUUUCACAAAUGGGUUUGAAGAUCCGGUUGGAGGUGUUCAAAACAAAGGAUAGAGGUUGGGGACUGAGGUCGUGGGACCCGAUUCGUUCAGGGGGGUUUAUAUGUGAAUAUGCAGGUGUAGUGAUUGAGGGUAGAAAAGGAAUUGAUCCUGAUGAUGACUAUGUUUUUGAUGCAACUCGUGUGUUUGAGCCUGUGGAAAGUGUAACAAGUGAUGAGCAUGCAAAGUUUCCAUUUCCUUUAGUGAUUAGUGCUAAAAAAGAGGGGAAUGUGGGAAGGUUUAUGAACCAUAGCUGCUCACCUAAUGUGUAUUGGCAACCGGUUGUUUGUGAAUAUCAACAUGAUGCUUAUUUUCAUGUUGGGUUUUAUGCAAUUAAACAUAUUCCUCCUAUGCAAGAGUUGACUUAUAGUUAUGGAAAGGGACGUGUGGAUAAAGGUGGGCCCCGUAGGAAAAAGUGUUUGUGUGGGUCACCAAGGUGCAAAGGGUCUUUUUACUAA